GGAAGGAGGGCGUUGGGAGCUGAGGCCCCACCUUUCAUUCCAGCAAGUGCAAAGGCAGAGUGGGGAUGAGUCACGGGCAAAGACGCUCAGAUUCCCACAGGUGAGGGGACUCGACAGGCUCUUCUCUCCAGAAAAACGUGGAGCUCGCGCCUCCCGAAGUGGCCUUGGCAGGGUGUCGGAGCCCUCGGUCUGCCCGGUCUGGUCUCUGGGACCAGGGCUGGGUUUCCCUCAUGUAUGGCAAGAGCCUUAUGCGGGCUGUGCUUCUUCUCCUUGGCAUACAGCUCACAGCUCUUUGGCCUACAGCAGCUGUGGAAAUUUACACCUCCCGAGUGCUGGAGGCCGUUAACGGGACUGAUAUUAGGUUAAAAUGCACUUUCUCCAGCUUUGCCCCCGUGGGUGAUGCUCUCACAGUGACCUGGAACUUCCGUCCUCAAGAUGGGGGGCCUGAGCAAUUUGUAUUCUACUACCACGGGGAGCCAUUUGAACCCAUGAGCGGGCGGUUCAAGAGUCGGGUGGCCUGGGAUGGGAACCCCGAUCGGAACGACGUCUCCAUAAUCCUCUGGAAACUACAGUUUGAUGACAAUGGGACAUACACCUGCCAGGUGAAGAACCCACCUGAUGUUGAUGGGCUGAUAGGGGAGAUCCGUCUCAGCGUUGUGCAGACUGUACGCUUCUCUGAGAUCUACUUCCUGGCUCUGGCCAUUGGCUCCGCCUGUGCACUGAUGGUCAUAAUUGUAAUUGUGGUGGUCCUCUUCCAGCAUUUCCGGAAGAAGCGAUGGGCUGACAGAGCUCAUAAAGUGGUGGAGAUAAAAUCGAAAGAAGAAGAAAGGCUCAACCAAGGAAAAAAGGUUUCUGUUUAUUUUGAAGAAACUGAUUAACGCUUUUAGAUGGAAGCUGAAGAGUUCCAGGAACAAGAACCCUAGGCUAAGUUGAAGUUAAUGGAAGUUUUUCUUUGGCUUUUCCAGUUGUGACCGGUCUUCCAAUCAGCUCUGCAGUACACUCCC